AUGGCUGCUGUCUAUCCAAGAACCUGUUACAAGUGCGGUGAAGUCGGUCACUUAGCUGACAACUGUCAACAAACCGAAAGAUUAUGUUACAACUGUAGAAAGGCUGGACACGAAUCUUCAGACUGUCCAGAACCAAAGCAAGCUACUCAAAAGCAAUGCUACUCCUGUGGUGACUUAGGACACGUUCAAUCUGAAUGUCCAACUCAAUCCCAAGGUGCUAAGUGUUACAACUGUGGUCAAUUUGGACACAUCUCCAAGAACUGCUCCCAAGCUUCCACUGGUGCUGCUCCAGUUCACCAUCACGCUGCUCCAGCUAGAAAGCCAAUCUCUGCCAAGGGUACCACCUGUUACAAGUGUGGUGGUCCAAACCAUUUCGCUAGAGACUGUCAAGCUGGUUUAGUCAAGUGUUAUGCUUGUGGUAAGACUGGUCACAUCUCCAAGGACUGUUCUUCAGCUUCUGGUGGUGACCACUCUGCUGUUGCCAAGGUUUGCUACAACUGUGGUGAAUCUGGUCACAUUUCCAAGGAAUGUGACAAGGACAACAACUAA